AUUCGCACCUUCCCCGCCCUCGCCUCCACUGCCCACUUCGCCCACCUCCCUUCGUCGCCGAGAUCCUCGAUCCAGCGGCCAGGCCUCUACCUCAACCGCAACCGACCGCCGCAAGAUCUGGGCUACUACCCCUGGUCGUCCGAGUGGUUGCUUAGUUUCUCAGAUGAUUGAGGGCUGCAGAUUUCCGGGAUUAUGAAGAUAAUAUGAAUGAAAUUACUGCUAGAGUCUGAUUAUUGAUGGAUUCUUUUCCAAGGUCGUGAUCUUUUGGUUCUAGUUGCGGUGAUUCUGAUUGGACCUGCUUAAUAACAAAAUGUUAAUGUAACCUUCAUGAGUAGUUACUGAAGCAGCAGGGUGUACCCUUUUUGUGCAUGAUUAAGGAAAAGAAAUGCAGUGGACAAAGAGAUGAACAAUUAUUCCAUUUCAGUUACUGGAGCCUUUUGGUAUUUGAAAAUAAUUAAUCAUAAAGAAACCUUUUAGUGUCAUGCCAUUUUCUGACAUUGGAGGUAUUCUUAUACACCAAAGAAGUUUCAGUUAUGCACUGCAAAUUGGAUGCCUCAGUUGGAUUCUCGCUGUUAGGAACCAUUGCCUAUUCACGAUUAGGCAAUUGCUGCUUAUUGUUUGUGUUAUCCAUCAGGUUCAGAAGAAAAGAGAAAAAAAAUCCUCAGAUCUUCAAGGCCCCUCUUACUCAAGGAUUGCAUAUUUGGUGAAGUUCAGUUGUUUUAUCUUAAUUGUUAUUCAGUUACCUAUACAUUUUAUUCUUGCAGAAUGUUUCUACUUCUAGUUCUAAAGAAACAUUAAAAGCUAGUCCUUCAAGGAAGCCAAUGUCAUUGAAGGAUAUCGAUUCAGCUUUCCAUGGAGCUGGGCAAAAGUCUGGACUAGAGAUAUGGUGUAUUGAAAAGUUAUGCCCAGUCCUUUUGCAAAGUUCAUCUCAUGGGAAGUUUUUCACUGGAGAUUCAUAUGUAAUUUUGAAGACAACUGCCCUUAAAAAUGGUUCUCUUCAACAUGAUAUUCACUAUUGGCAUGGUAAAGAUUCUAGCCAGGAUGAAAUUGGCACUGCUUCAAUUAAAGCGGUUGAGCUAGAUGCAGCCCUGGGAGGACGUGCUGUUCAAUAUCGUGAAAUACAAGGACAUGAGACUGAUAAAUUCCUUUCUUAUUUCAAACCAUGUAUAAUACCAGAGGAAGGGAGAGUUUCAUCUGGGUUUAUGCAUAUAGAGAUCAAAGAACGUGAGCAUGGGAUGCGGUUAUUUGUUUGCAGAGGAAGACAUGUUGUCAAUGUGAAGGAGGUUCCUUUUGCUCGCUCAUCUCUCAAUCAUGAAGACAUAUUCAUCCUAGAUACUAAGUUGAAGAUCUUCCAGUUUAAUGGAUCCAAUACUUCUAUUCAAGAAAGGGCUAAGGCUCUGGAAGUUGUGCAAUAUCUCAAAGACACUUACCAUGAAGGGAAGUGUGAGGUGGCAGUUGUUGAGGAUGGGAAAUUGAUGGCUGAUGCUCAUGCUGGGGAAUUCUGGGGUUAUUUUGGAGGUUUUGCUCCCCUCCCCAGGAAGGCAGCUUCUGAGGGUGACAAGAAAAUGUACUCUUUUGUGAAGUUGUUAUGUGUUGACAAAGGACAAACUUUGCCUGUUGAAGCUGAACCCUUGACAAGGAAAUUAUUAGACACAUACAAGUGUUACUUGUUAGAUUGUGGAGGCGCAAUAUAUGUAUGGAUGGGCCGAAGUACAUCCCUUGGACAAAGGAAAGCUGCUAGUGCUGCAGCUGAAGAAUUACUGCUUGAACCUCCCAGACCACAUGCUCACGUGAUUCGUAUAAUUGAGGGAUUUGAGACGGUAACAUUUCGAUUGAAGUUUGACAAAUGGCCCCAGAAAAAUGAGGCAGUUGUAUCUGAGGAGAGUCGGAGGAAAGUUUCAACAUUUCUUAAGCAACAAGGACUAAGUGUGAAGGGUCCUAAAUCAUCUCAUGCACAAGAACAACCUAAACCAUUCAUUGAUUGCACUGGCAAUUUACAGGUUUGGCGUGUAAAUGGCAAGGACAAGAAUCUUCUUUCAUCCUCUGACCAGUGCAAAUUUUUCAGUGGAGAUUGCUACAUCUUCCAAUAUGCAUUCCUUGGAGAAGAGAAAGAGGAAUAUCUUAUUGGUGCUUGGCUAGGGAAGAAGAGCAUAGAGGAGGAGAGAACUGCAGCGAUCUCACUUGCUAGCAAAAUGGUUGAAAGCAUGAAGUCACAGGCUGUUCUGGCUCGAUUUUAUGAAGGAAAAGAACCUAUACAGUUCUUCUGUAUUUUCCAGAGCUUCCAAGUUUUCAAGGGUGGAGUUAGUUCUGGAUAUAAGAAUUUUCUUAAGGAGAACAACCUGGUAGAUGACACAUAUUCAGAGGAAGGCAUUGCGCUUUUCCGUGUACAAGGUUCUGGACCAGAAAACAUGCAAGCAAUCCAAGUUGAACCUGUGGCUUCAUCUUUGAAUUCAUCAUAUUGUUACAUACUGCAUUGUGGAAGUACUGUUUUUGCAUGGUACGGAAGCUUGACCACUUCAAUGGAUCAAGAGCUAGUCGAGAGACAGCUAGAUCUGAUUAAGCCAAAUCUGCAGCCAAAAACACAAAAGGAGAGAACAGAAAUUGAUCAAUUUUGGAAUUUACUUGGAGGUAAAUCUGAAUACUCCAGUCAGAAAAUUGCAAAAGAACCAGAAUAUGAUCCUCACCUGUUCUUGUGCUCAUUCUUCAAGGGAAACCUGAAGGUGGUGGAGAUUUUCAACUUCACUCAAGAUGAUUUGAUGACUGAGGAUAUGUUCAUUCUGGACUGCCAUUCUGACAUAUAUGUUUGGGUUGGGCAGCAGCUGGAUGCUAAAAUCCGGCAGCAAGCUUUAAGCAUUGUGGAGACAUUCAUAGAAAAAGAUGUUAUUUUGGAAAAUCUCUCACAAAAAUUACCGGUAUAUAUCAUUAUGGAAGGAUGUGAGCCACCAUUCUUCACUCGCCACUUCAACUGGGACUAUGCAAAAUCAAAUAUGCAUGGUAAUUCAUUUCAAAGGAAGUUGAUGCUUGUGAAAGAUGGAGUCGUACCAACAUCAGAUAAACCCAAGCGACGGGCACCAGCAUCCUAUGCAGGGCGGUCGCCUGUGCCAGACAAAUCCGAGCACUCCUCCAGAAGCAUGUCCUUCAGCCCUGAACGCAUAAGGGUCAGAGGAAGAUCACCCGCAUUCAAUGCACUUGCUGCCAACUUUGAGAAUCCAAAUGCUAGGAAUCUUUCAACUCCUCCAUUAGUCAGAAAACCCUCUCCAAAGCCUGUGCUGCUUGAUCCUACAAAAUUGGCUCCGAAAUCACCAACAAUUGCUAACAUAUCCGCUUCAUUUGAACGCCCAAAAGAAGUAAUGAUACCAAAGUCUAUAAUACCAAAAUCAAUAAAAGAGGCAAAUGGCAAGGGAAACAUUACAACAGUGAGCAGCAAAACUGAGAUGCCCGUGAAAGAUGUAAAGGAAGCCGAAGCUGAAGAUGAAGAAGGGGCCAUCAUUUACCCCUAUGAGCGUGUAAAGGCAACUUCUACUGAUCCUGUUAAAGAUAUUGAUAUCACUAAGAGAGAGGCAUACUUAUCUGCUAAGGAGUUCAAAGAGAAGUUUGGCAUGACAAAGGAAGCUUUCUUCAAGUUGGCCAAAUGGAAACAAAACCGACUCAAAGUGGCACUUCAGCUCUUCUGAAACCAUACGAUUCAGAUUCAGAUUGGUUCCUCCUCGCACUUAGUUCCAAUCAAGCCAGAGCGGCGCGUGCAUUGGGACAUCAUCCAUGCUUCUGCUCCCAACUAGUUUGUAUCUCGUCAACAAAAUUUUGGCCAAAUAUUCUCUGCGUCCUUGUUGCUGCUUUGGUUUCAUUACCUUGUUCUUUUUUAAGAUCACAGAUUGUUUGUGAGCCUGCAUCUUUUAUUUUUAUUUUCUGUUUGCCCCCAGAAAUGAUGAGCUCAGGUGUUCCAAAUGGUAUUAGUAUUUGUACAUUUGAUUUCAUGUACAGGUGAGUGUAAAAAAACACAAUAACAUAGUCAUUGGUGAGAAAACCAACUUGCACAUUUGUUUGAUUUUAUCAAUAACAUUUGUUGUGUAAGUGAAUGUUGCUA